UACACAAACGCAGGAUGCUCCUGGGAAAGGUUCUAGGGUUGUCUUGCUGGUAAAAAUGAUUGUUCUCAUCCAUUACACCCUGCACAUAUGCAGCAAGAGUUUGAACUAAUUCUUUACAUUCCUUCCUUCACUAUUGAAUGCUGUCUCUGACACAAAUUUUAAUCCAAACUUCAUUAAGACAAGAAACCGUAAGAACUGCUGUGGCUGUUCUGCUAAAACACAGCUUCCUGGCAGGACAGCGUAGAAGCCGGAGGGAGCUGCAGACACCGGAGGAAGAGUAAUCGAGUGUUCUCUGAGUGAGACAGAAGCCCAGAGACGGAUCACCCAGAUAUGGAAGAAGAAAUUCAGGCAAGAGAUGAACUUUCCCAUGCCCCAGACAAUGGUGACCAUGAACUGAAAAUCAUCCUUGUUGGUAAAACUGGAGCUGGGAAAAGUGCAACAGGGAACACCAUCCUGGGCCAGAAAGUGUUUGACUCCAAACUCAGUGUGAGGCCAGUAACUGAGAAAUGUGUUAAAGGGAGCAGGAGCUGGAAUGGGAGGGAGGUGGUGGUUAUCGAUACUUCUGCCAUUUUGGACACAAAGGUACCUGACGAAGAAACCUCCCAGGAGAUCUGUCGCUGUGUUGUGCUUUCCUCUCCAGGCCCCCACGCCCUUGUGCUGGUGACCCAGCUGGGCCGUUACACUGAGGAAGACAAGGACGCUGUGCAGCGAGUGCAAGAGAUUUUUGGAGCUAAGGUAAUGAAAUAUGUCAUUACCUUAUUCACCCGAAAGGAAGAUUUAGGGGAUGGCUCAUUGAGUGACUAUGUAACACAUUCAGAUAACCGAGAUCUUCAAAGGCUAAUUGAUGAGUGCGGGAAGCGAUAUUGCGCUUUCAAUAACAAAGCAACAGGAACAGACCAGGAAGCCCAGGUUGAAGAGCUGAUGGGACUGAUGGAGAGAAUGGUACAGGAGAACAGAGGCCAAUAUACAAAUGAGACUUACCAAUACGUUGAGAAGAUGCUCCAAUUCAAAAUGGAUGAGUUACAGAAACUGUACAGAGAAGAGAUGGAAAGAAAGAGAGAAGAAAUAAUACAGUGCUUUACAGAGAACUGUAAGAAGAUAAAGGAAGAGUCAAACCUGAGAGAAGAGGAAUUAAAGGAAAAACUUGAGAAACAGGAGAAGGUUAAAGAAGAUGCUUUCCUGCAGCUGAAGCACAUGGAACAAAAAAAAAUGGAAGCCAUGGAGCAAAAGCUGCUGAAAGAGUUGGAAGGAAUACAGAAAAGUUAUGAGAAAAAACAAAAACAAAUCAGAGAAGAAGCUGAGAAUGGUUUUAGCAUAAUGAGUAUGAUUUGGGAAAUGGGUCUUUGGGUAUAUUCAUGUUUCCCAAACUGGGAUACAUUUAGCAAUUAUUUUCCAUUCUGGAGGUGAAUGAAUUAUCUUUCUUUGCAUUUCCCCCUGUGGUUUAAUCUGAUUUGUUAUUGAUGAAGUUUCACCCCAUUGUGACUCUACAGUCUUUGAAAUGUCAUGUCUAGUUCUUCUGUUAACUUCACAGGCAGAGUAGCAUGGGACAACUGAAUAAACAUGAAUAAAAUCAUCCAUAAAUAUGUAUUUCUUAUUAUGCUGAAAUGGAAAUAUCUCAGUCAGUCAGAGAACAGGGAUACUGUCCUGUCACUGAAGUGUACCGACAUUUUUUCCUAAUUAUGAAAUACCCUACUCUGUGAUUGGUUAUGGGUAAGUUAUUUCCAUAACCAUUCUAUGGUUAUUUCUCAUUAACAGUAUUAAACAAAUCCCUGCACUGAUUGGCUAAUAAUGACGGUCAGUCAAUUGAUUUGACAUAGUCUUUCAUGAAACUCUGCUGAAAAAAACAUUAAUCCUAUGCAAAAUCAUUGCUGCCAAUAUUAACUGAAUUAAAAACUGGUUAAUGGAUCACAAGGUUUAACUCUCCAUAAGGAAUCAUCAUCCUUGGUCGUAUUUCUAGUGGAAUUCUACAGGGACCUGUUCUUGGCCCAGUGCUAUACAGGAUCUUUUUAAUUGGUUUAGAAAUAUUGCUGGUAAAAUUAGCAGAUGACACAAAAGGUGGUGGAGUGACAAAUAAUGAUACUGGAUUAGAGAGUAUGCUUAUAACAUUUGCAGAUGACACCGAGCUGGGAAAGGUUGCAAGCACUUUAGAGGACAGGUUUAAAUGACCUUGAUAAAUUGGAGAAUUGGUCCGAAUUCAACAAGAUGAAAUUCAAUAAAAAUGAAGACAAGUGCAAAGUACUUCACUUAGGAAGGAAAAACCGAAUGCACAACUCCCAAAUGGUGAAUAACUGUCUAGGUGGUAGUAGUGCUGAAGAGGAUCUGGGCGAUUAUAGUGGAUCACAAACUGAACACAAGUCAGCAAUGGAACACAGCUGCCAGAAAGGCUCAUGCGAUUCCGGGGUGCAUUAACAGGAGUGUCGUAUGUAAGACACAGGAAGUAACUGUCCUGCUCUCCUUGGCAAUGCUGAAUCCCCAGCUGGAGUCCUGUGUCCAAUUCCAGGCACCACAAUUCAGGAAAGCUGUGGACAAAUAGGGGAGAGUCCAGAGCAGUAGAGCCCUGCGUGGAUACAAAACGGAUAUCCAUGGAUGUGGAUAUCCCCGAAUCGAAAUCAUAGAUCAGCGGCGCUGCAGGACUCUACAGUGAAUUGCAGCAGCGAAAGCAGAAGCCAGCGCCCUGCACCAGCAGCUCCUCUAGCGUGGCUGUGCCACCCCCUAGCCUGGGCAGUAAUCCCUUCCAUUCUGCAGUCUGUGUCUCCUGUCCAGAGGUGUGCAAGCCGCUUGCACACACUAGUGUGAAUAGGGACAGCUGUCGUUGAGCCUGGUUCCAGCCCCAGUGAGUGGGGCUGGGGGCGGUACAGCCACGCCGGAGGAGCUGCUGGCACGGGGCGCUGGCUCCUGGGAGUGGUGGACUGACGUUCUGCUGCUUUCCCCACUGUGGUCCCCAGUAGAGCCCUGAAGCUCUGCUAAUAUCUGAUUAUCGCAUCCACAGAUAUACAUUUUGUAUCUGGGAGGGGCUCUACAAAGCAGAGCAAGAACAUAUUGUAUUCAUAUUUGCAAUGAAAGCAUGACCAUUUCUAGCUGACUCCUAGAUUUGUUUAGCAGGUUAAAGCUGAGCUGUGUGCGGAUAGUGUGCAUGCGAGAGGGAUGGUUAAUUAUUAUUAAGGGUUUUUUUAUAUAAGGCUUUUAUCCAAAGCACUUUACAAUAGUUAGCUAAUGGCACAAACAACAUUUGGAAGGAUCAUUAAGUGAUCCCUUGAGACCCUCAAGAAUUUUCAAGUAGUCCGUGAAAAAAAAGUGUGAGAACCACUGAUCUAGAAGAAAAAAAGAUCUGAGAUCCAAUGGCUGGAAGUCAAAUUUAUAACCAUUCAGACUAGAAAUAAAGCACAAAGUUUUAGUCUUGAGGGUUAUUAUCCAUUGGGACAAUUUACCCCAGGAUAUGGUGCAUCUUCUAAAAGAUACAUUAUAGAUUAAACAGAAGUGAUGGGUUUGAUGCAGAAAUUACUGGGUGAGGCUCUAUGGCCCCUGCCAUUCAGGAGGGCAAACUAGUCGAUCAUCACCAUCCCUCCUGGCCUAAGAUCUGUGGAUUUAUGAAUUCAGGCCCAAGGAUUUGCCUAAUUACUUAAUGGAAAUUCUCAGUAAGAUUCAGGCUCAGAUCUCCAAAGGUAUUUAGGUACCUAACACCCAUUGGUAUCAAUGAGAGUUAGGCACCUUCAUACCUUUGAGGACACUUUUUACGCUCCUAAAUUUAU